CCAUUAAAGAACUAAAUGAAUCAGGCCUUGAUGAAUCAUCCGUAUAUACCUGUAACCUGCUACGCAAAAUACGACACUGCUGAGAAGAUGGCAAAAUUAAUGAUGUACGUCUUUGUAGCAUUGCUAGCUGCCUCUCUUAUCAUGGCCGCUCCCGAUAAGGCUACUUGUAAACGACAUGGUGACCCCUGCGUUGGUAGUUCGGAAUGCUGCCCCAAUAUGAGAUGUCACAUGUAUGCAAAUAGAUGUCAAGUCAUAAUUACUGAGGAGGAAUUGAUGGCACAACGUGAGAAGAUUUUGGGCCGAAAGGGCAAAGAUUAUUAAAAGGGAUAAGAUUUUUAUAUCGAGAUAUUAUAAUAAUGGAUGACGAUUCUCUCUUAGUUUAUCACAACUCAUAUGUGAAGACUGUUUCGAGAAAUUAAAUAUUAAUAUGUAACACUGAAUUUGUAUACUAAUCACAAAAAUUAAUAUGAUAUAUAUGAUUUUGUACAUGCAUACUGCAUUCAUUGUAGAUAUAAACAAUUUAUCUUGAUAAAAAAUGAAUAAAAAAACUAAAAGAGAGAGUGUGUUUAUCUUAUCUAUUAAUUUUUUCAAAGAAUAUGUAUUUCUCGUAAACGAAAAUAAACUGACGUCAGAAGAAAAUAA